UUGCACGCUUGUGCACAUGGUAACGCACGCAUCUGCGCAACAGCGAAUAGCUUUUAACCGUCAUACAGCGGCAGCGUGCGCUUCCCGGCAUAGUCACAAUGAAGAUUGAGGAGGUGAAAAGUACAACAAAAACUCAACGCAUUGCGAGUCAUAGUCAUGUUAAAGGUCUGGGACUCGAUGAAAAUGGUGUGCCGAAGCAGGCUGCAGGCGGCUUGGUGGGCCAGGAAAGCGCAAGAGAGGGAUGUGGCAUCAUCGUGGAGCUAAUUCGAUCCAAGAAGAUGGCAGGAAGAGCGGUAUUGUUGGCGGGCCCUCCGGGCACAGGAAAGACAGCACUGGCACUUGCCAUUGCUCAAGAACUAGGAAACAAAGUGCCUUUCUGUCCCAUGGUGGGCAGUGAAGUCUACUCCACUGAGAUUAAAAAGACUGAGGUCCUGAUGGAAAAUUUCAGAAGAGCUAUUGGUCUAAGAAUCAAAGAAACUAAAGAAGUGUAUGAGGGUGAGGUGACUGAGCUUACACCCUGUGAGACCGAGAACCCAAUGGGAGGAUAUGGUAAAACAAUCAGCCAUGUCAUCAUUGGUCUAAAGACAGCCAAGGGAACUAAGCAGCUAAAGCUUGAUCCGAGUAUCUAUGAAAGCUUACAGAAAGAGAGGGUGGAGGUUGGCGAUGUGAUUUAUAUUGAAGCCAACAGUGGAGCAGUCAAGCGUCAAGGCAGGUGUGAUACCUAUGCGACGGAAUUCGACCUUGAAGCUGAAGAAUAUGUGCCCUUGCCGAAGGGUGAUGUGCACAAAAAGAAAGAAAUCAUUCAGGAUGUGACUCUUCAUGACCUGGAUGUAGCCAAUGCCAGACCACAGGGGGGACAAGAUAUCCUGUCUAUGAUGGGACAGCUGAUGAAACCCAAAAAGACUGAAAUUACAGAUAAACUACGUGUUGAGAUCAACAAGGUGGUGAAUAAGUAUAUUGACCAGGGAGUAGCAGAGCUGGUGCCUGGAGUGCUGUUUAUAGAUGAGGUACACAUGCUGGAUAUUGAGUGUUUUACCUACCUGCAUCGUGCCCUGGAGUCCUCUAUUGCUCCCAUUGUAAUCUUCGCUACCAACCGUGGGAAUUGUCUGGUCAGGGGCACUGAAGACAUUACAUCUCCUCAUGGUAUUCCCUUGGACCUACUGGAUCGAGUCAUGAUUAUUCGUACGAUGCUUUACACCAUACAGGAAAUGAAGCAGAUUAUUAAAAUCCGUGCUCAAACAGAAGGUAUUAGCGUGAGUGAAGAUGCCCUGAAUCACCUGGGGGAGAUUGGGAGCAAGACAACACUUAGAUAUGCUGUUCAGCUGCUUACACCAGCCAACCUGUUAGCAAAGAUUCAUGGUAAAGAUGGAAUUGAGAAGGAACAUGUGGAGGAGAUCAAUGAGCUGUUCUAUGAUGCCAAGUCCUCUGCCAAGAUCCUGGCUGAUCAGCAAGAGAAGUACAUGAAAUAGACCUGGCACUGGAGUAAUCUGACAAAGUCCUUUGAACACCCAAAGCUGUGGGAAAAACACCCCCUCAUUGCCCACUGAUCACCUUUCCUGGCCAUCCCAUCGGCCUGAUGCAUUGCUGAUCUGUAGAUGAGCUAUCAGGUGGGACACUUAAAGGGAACAUUACCUGCUUUGGGUAUUAUCUGAACAAACUGUUACUUUUUUUUUUUUGUUUGUUGUAAUUUUAUAAAUUAAAGUGUCUGCUUACACUA